CGGGAAUCGAAUUCGGGAUAAGAGUAUACUCCAAAGAAUACAAAAUAAAAGUAAAAAGUAUCCAUAAAUGUUCGUUAUUACUCGUGACCAGUGACCAUCAUGUUGAAGUCUUCGCAGUUGGUGCAACAGUUUGCCAAAGAGUAUGCUAAGUUCACGCCGGCCAAUUUUAAGUUGGAGCGGGCACUGGUAGUCACCAAGUUGUCUCGCUAUGAGUUCGAGCAGUUGCGGCAUCCCGGCCUCUCAAAAGAGCAACUGGAGCAGAAGUUGCGGAACCGGGGCACUGACGUGGAGAUGGUACUUUACCUGCACAACCUCCACAAGGACUUUGAGCGUCGGAUCGUACAGAGCUUUCAGAACGUGGGCUGCGAGGUGAAACUAGCCAGCAGACUUGAAUUUAGAAGCUCGUUGAGCAAGGAAGUCAUGCGCUGGGCGGACGUCAUCGUUCCUGUGGGUGGUGAUGGCACCUUCCUCCUAUCUGCUGGGCGCGCCAGUCCCCUCUUCGCCCUCAGCCAACAGAAGACGCCGAUUGUGGGAUUCAACUCGGACCCACUUCACUCGGAGGGCAGGCUGAUGUUGCCCAAGUACUUCUCGGAGAAUCCCUCCGAUGCUGUCUCACGGAUAAAGAGCGGUGACUUCAAGUGGAUGCAUCGCUCCAGGGUGCGCACUACGCUGCUGGGUAGUAACGGAAAGAUUCCGGAGUCCACAGACCUCUUCCGGCACACAGAGGUGAAAAUGGAGCAAGUUACAACCCAGCCCGAGGUGCUCGACCCGGAAAUGGCCAGCAAGUACAAGGCAAAAAUGAAGCGUAUCCUACCCUAUUUGGCCUUAAAUGAGGUGUUUAUUGGCGAACAUCUCUCGGCGAGAGUGUCCCACCUGCAGUUGGUAUUGGACCACCAGGACGUGGUCAACAAAACCAAGUGCUCAGGACUCUGCGUCAGCACGGGAACGGGUUCCACUUCGUGGCACACCAGUAUCAACCGAAUAACCAGUCGCGAUGUAGAUGCCUUGUUGCGAUCGCUUCCCAACAGUGAUUCGGAGGAUGUGUUGCGGCUGCGGGAGAACACGGAGGAGAUAGCUCAGAGAUAUAACCAAGGUCUACUAUUCCCACCCGACGACCCAAGGCUCUGCUAUUCGAUCCGGGAACAAAUUUGCGUGGGCGUGUGGCCCUCGCCAAAGACGUUCAAGGAGCGCGACUUUGUGCAGAGUGUGUUUGUGAAGUCGCACUGCAUCGAUGCAAAUCUUGUCAUAGACGGCAGCAUAUCGUACCCCUUUAACGAUGGUGCCAAGGCCUUGCUGGAGAUCUAUCCCGAGGAUGCACUGCUGACCAUUGCCCUAGACUGACAACUGACGAAUCAUCGGAAUGAAUGAUGCGUCUUAAGUGCCUGGUCCGCCGUCUCUAGCUUGUCCGAAUUUUGGAAAUUAUUUAAAUAUGCAUUUUGCAACUACUUAGCGGUGUAAGCUCAAAAGUUAUUUUGUUAUAAUAUUAAAAUAUAUUUAAACAUCA